AUGUCCGAGGAUCUCUCUGGAAUGACGGAAAGCGCGAUUCCACCUGCCUACGAAGUGUAUCGCGAAGCUCGUCAGCCGAUCGGCCUGAGUUCUGAUGCGAAGCGUGUAAAGUGGGCUCUCGAAGGUCUACUAAACAGCGCAAUUGAGGUCAUGCGUAGCAUGAAGUACGAGCCCGACAUUCCGACAGAGCCAUAUGGCGACCAGACUGCGUCGACGACCAUCUGGCAUCCGAUAUCUCGAUCUCCCCUCACUGAUCCCAAAGUUUCCUCCGUCAUUGUCCACAUCGAAAGUAUCGAAGACUGGGAGGAUCAGUGGCUCGAAUUUCAUCGAUCUUGUCAUCAUCCAGACGAGAACGGAGAGGACCCCAAUGAGUUUCUCUUCGGAGAUCUUCCAGACUACGAUCCCGACGAGGACGAAGAGGACGAAGUACAUCUGUUGAGGUGUUGUCGUGUUGACCGGCCACGGAAGAAGGGUGAGACGCUACUCGUCAACACUACUGGCGCGUUCCUUACCAUUCAUGACUACCUCUCGGUGGUCCACCCCUGGUUAUUAGGGCAGCGUGAAGAUAUUUUAGGAGCCGAAGGCGAUUUGAUGAAGAACGAGCCUCUGGCUGCAAACACCAAGCUAAUGAUCAGUUAUGGGUUGCCAGAUCAGGUGAAUUUCAACACAGAGGAAGAUUGGCAAGAAAGCAUGUCGGAACAGCCACUGAAGAUUGACCUUACGAACGGACGCUCAGUUUGGGAGCAGCCUACAGACUGGUCAGUCUUGGAUGGAUUGACAAAACCGACCCCAUUGUGGUGGACGGCGCCGAAGGAUCAUCAGACUCGGCGAUAA